GCACGCUUUCCUGGUCAAUUGGGUCUUACAAAGCAAGAACCAGCUACCCUCAAAAACCUUAGCCUGUCAGCAACCCUAUACACCUUUGCAGUGCGUCAUACAACAACCAAACAACAUGGCUGCCAAAGCCGACGAUACCAUCGACCAUGUCGAGGCGGCAGCAUCUGCGCCCGAGGUCGUUGCGCCUGCGACGACCAACGACAUUGAGAAGCAGCGCAAGAUCCCCAAGAGCGCGGCCGAGCUCCAGGCCGACAAGGCGGCCGAGUUCCUCAAGCAGAUGGGCCACACAGUAGUCCUGACGCCCGAGGACAACCGUCGCGUGCUGAGCAAGAUCGACUGGCGCAUCCUGCCCAUCAUUCUGUUCGUAUACUGCCUGCAGUCGCUCGACAAGACCUCUCUGUCGUACGCCUCCGUCUUUGGGCUCGUCGCGGACACCGGCCUCGUCGGCGACCAGUACUCAUGGCUCGGGUCCGUCGUGUACCUCGCGCAGCUCUUCUGCCAGCCCCUCGUCGCGUACAGUCUGGUUCGCUUCCCCAUUGGCAAGUUCUGUGCCGUCAUGGUGCUUUGCUGGGGCGCCGUGCUGUGCUUCAUGGCCGCCGCGCACAACUUUGCUGGGCUCAUGGCAACCAGACUGCUGCUUGGCAUGUUCGAGUCAUCUGUCGCCCCCACCUUUGUUGCUGUCGUGCAGAUGUGGUAUCGCCGCAGAGAGCAGACCAAGCGCAAUGCCGCGUGGUACGCUAUGCUUGGUGUCGUCAACAUUCUCGGAAGUUUAUUGACCUAUGGCCUGGGCCACAUCAAGUCCGACGUGCUCAAGCCGUACCAGAUCAUCUUCCUCUUCUGCGGUCUUCUCACUGUGGUGUUCUCCAUUGUCAUCUUCCUCUUUAUGCCCGACUCGCCGAUUGAAGCAAAGUUCCUCAAUGACGAGGAUAAGCUCGUCGCCCUGGAGCGCCUGCGCAUGAACCAGAUGGGCAUGGGCUCCGGCGUGUUCAAGUGGGACCACGUCCGCGAGGCCAUGCUCGACCUCAAGACCUGGAUCUGGUUCUUGCUCAUGUUCAUCAUCUCGAUCCCCUCUGGCGGCAUCUCGACUUUUGGACCUCUGAUCGUCCAGUCCUUCGGCUUCGACUCGUUUACCACCAUCCUCUUCAACAUUCCCUUUGGCGCGAUCCAGAUGAUCGCCACCCUCGGAGGCGCCUUUCUCGCCGACAAGAUCAAGAUGAAGUCGCCCGUCUUGCUUCUCCUGUGUCUUCCGCCCAUCGCCGGCUGCGCUAUGCUCAUCGCCUUCGGCCGGAGCCCGUCCGACCGCGGCCCCCUGCUUGCUGCAUACUAUAUCCUGUCGUUUUACCCCGGAAUUUCCCCACUAAUCUAUAGUUGGUCAGGGCAGUGCACUGGUGGCGACACGAAGCGCAAGGUUACCACAGCCAUGCUCUUCAUCGGCUCCAACGCCGGCAACGUCAUCGGACCCCUGUUGUUCCGCACCGACGAGAAGCCCCGCUACGACCGCGGCCUACGCGCGUCCUUGGGUCUUUUCGUCGCGCUCGCUGUCGUCACCAUUGCGGGCAUGCUCUGGAUUCGUAUCUUGAACGGACGACAGGCCGCCAAGCGUGUCGCGAUGGGCAAGUCUGCGGUUAUUCAGGAUCUGAGUAUGGCGGAUUCCAAGCAAGUUGCCGAUGGUGAGGGUCCGGCCAUGCUGAACCAGGUUGCCGACGAGCAUGUCGGUGAGCAUGGGUUGGACGACAUCACGGAUCUCCAGAACGAGGAUUUCAUCUAUGUUUAUUAGAUGGUGGUUCUGUGGGAUUGCCGAGGGAAGGAGUUUGUUGCCGGGGAGGGCCCAUUGCUCCUCGCUGUAGCGUGUUCUUCAUCUCUGGGUGAUGCAGCGAGAAGCAGUAUCCCUCUGGAUCCAGCAUGACUUGACGUCGUAAAUAUUCGCAGUUGUUCAUAUAGUUCCUGCACCUUGCGAGACUUGUGCGUACUAAGCCUCUAGGUUACAAGGACAGAAUCAAUGGAGAUGCGCAAGAAAUCAUGGAAAAAUUGCGAAAGCAAUCGACAUGCUUUGC